AUGAUUGAAAACUUAAUAGUUGUAGUCGUCAGUUCAAUAUCUAACAAGCCCCUCAUGAAAGUUAUCAAAUCCUCAAAGACUGUUGAUAUUCCAGCAGGAGUCACCGUUGCUGUUAAAGGACGUUCUGUCAAGGUCACUGGUCCACGUGGUACCUUGAAGCGUGACUUCAACCACAUGUCAGUCGACAUCAACCUUCACAAGAAGACUGUCCUCAUCGAUCUUUGGUUCGGUACUCGUGAUCAAAUCGCUGCCAUCUCAACCGUUGCCAGUCACAUCGAAAAUAUGAUCACUGGUGUUACCAAGGGAUUCGAAUACAAGAUGAGAUUCGUAUAUGCACAUUUCCCAAUCAAUGUUGCUAUUACUGACGCUGGAAAGGUCGUCGAAAUUCGUAAUUUCUUCGGUGAGAAGAUCGUCCGUCGUAUUCCUUUGCUUGAGGGUGUCACCUGUACCCGUACUGAGAAAGUCAAGGACGAAAUCGUCCUCGUUGGUAACGAUCUCGAGAAACUUUCACAAUCUUGCGCCAAUAUUCAACUCAGAUCCGUCAUUAAGUAUAAGGACGUAAGAAAGUUCUUAGACGGUAUCUAUUCCGUUCACAGUUAUCGUCAUUCAUUACAACAUUAA